AUGACGCAACUCCCACGGCGCGUCAUCCGACGGCGCUGCAUUGUCAAGCACCCAUAUGACCGUCCGUUACAUUUUUGCGCAACGCAGAUCUUUCCGCCCGUCGUGCCGCUACGGCUGUCUCUGGGCUCUCCCCUCGCCACACCUGCAAAAUGUGCAAUGCGGGGUAAUUGCCGUGCGCCGAUCUGCGCUCGCGCGCCGUGCUCGGCACAGCAACAGAAACAAAGCCCUACUGUGGCCUCGGGCCAAGAUAGGCAGUCCAGCCUCCACGCGUCCUGUGAUUAUUCAGAGCGCGCCUGUGCCUGCCGGAGAACCCCUAAGUCCGCAUACAAGCUUCCGGAAAAAUUCGCAGCUGCCCGCAUUGAUGAAACAUGGCUCAGGAAUGAUUUUCCGGCGACAGACAGACGCGCCUUUUUACUUCUAGAUUUGAAACGGCAUUGGUCAAAAACGAACAGGGAAAAAAAAUCAACGAGGGUCAGAAAAAUUUAA